AUGCGAUUCGGACUGAAUUACCAUCAAUAUCAGGUGCCGGAGUGGGCGCCAUAUUAUGUGCCUUAUCCCUUACUGAAAAGGCUGUUAAAGACAGCUAUCAGAACAGUCGACUUUACAGAGAGACAACCAGAUUUCGCAGACGUAUAUAGCCGCCUUGAAUGUAGCAUCCAUUGCUUCAGCGACUUUCAUCACGAGAAUUAUGUUCUCCUGAGGCAAAGAAGAGAGGAGAUUUCCAAACGAUUGGAUCCAGAAGCAAACACCUUGACAGGAGCAAGAUGCUCAAGCCUCUGCGAGUUAGAGAACGUCUUUAAGGCAGUGCUAGAGCUUCGUAAGGAUUCAGAAAAGUUGCAAUGGUAUUAUCGAGUCAACAAAGAAGCAGUCCGGAGAAUUGAUGGAGGUCCUAAAGCGAAGUGGGUCAAGUUGGAGGCUGAUCGAGAUGUAUCAUGGUUGAAGUAUACUGGAAGUCUAAAUGAACUGAUGGGCAGCAUCAUCCAAAUCCGUUCUGAUAUGAAGUUUUAUUCAAACACCAAAUCUUGUCUGGAAAAUGUCUCCAGCCAUCACUCUCCUUCCAGUGACCCUAUCAGAGCUUUGGAUCAUGCUGUGAUGAACGACGAUGCCCAAGAAUUAUCCAAGGUUUUGGACGAGAUGUACUCGAGUAAUGCCACAACGAGACAAUGCUUCCAGGAAAUUGUCUGUGGUUUAGCAGGGCGCUCAGUAAUCUAUCGUUCUAAGCGGUCUGCUAUCCUUUUGCUUUCAGAAGCAUUCCCCAAAUAUCAUAUUACGCCAGACCAUAGGAUACUGAACCGAAUGAUUAUCACUUCUGGUCGGCAACUAACCACUGGAGAGCACACUACAUCAAAGAUGUGUUCUCAGUGCAGCUCUAGAGACUUCUGUGGUAAGCCAGAGAGUAACUUGUUCUCCUUGGUCGUUCAGCAACUUGCGCUCGGCGAAAAGAGCGUCUUAUUGGAAAAGGAUGCUUUUGGGCGUCUUCCACUCCAUUACAGUGCAAUUUACGGCUUACCAGAUAUCUGUGAAUUACUAUUGGACUUUUCUCAAAAGUCGGGUCAGGAGUAUCCCGAACACCUCAUCAUGUCCUUGGAUUCUCAACGAUAUACGCCACUGCACUACGCAGUGAUCAACAACCAUGCACUGGUCACAAAAGCUUUUUUGAAAGCUCUCGAACCAAUGAGGCAAACAAGUGACAAAGCCAGGAACCAUAACUUGAUUUGUAUCCUGAAUGAUCUUCUUGUCAUUGCAAUCAAACACCAGUAUGAUGACCUAGUCCGCCUGCUUGCCAAAUUUCCCCUAGAAUCUCAUGGCGAACCUAGUCAUGGAGAGACAGCUCUUUAUGUUGCGGCUCGUAGUGGAAAUGAAGUAUAUGUGGAUAUACUCCUUGAGCAUGGAAGGUAUCCAGACCUUGAUACCCCAGAGACUGUGCAUGGCUGGACUCCUUUAUUCAUUGCAUGUGUGGAGGGUCACCACGCCGUGGCCAAAAUUCUCUUGAAUGCGGCAGCAAAACAGGACGUUCAUGAUUAUUCCGGGUGGACGGCAAAAGAGCAUGCCGCAGUAAGAGGCCAUCUCACCCUAGCUGGGAUGCUCACUUCAUUGGAUACUGAGGAUCCUCUCGGUGGUCCUGCUAGCACAUUUAUGCAGCCAAUUCUUCAAAACACUAUGCCGUUUAGAACUGACUGUCACUACCUAAUCAUCAAUUUGGGUGUCCUACAAAGCGGAAAGCAGGUAAAGGCUGUUGAACUGAGAGAUCGCUCCCCAACGGAGCUAAUCGCCAUGAAUGCUGGCUUCCUGAUGGAAAUUUCAACCUCAGAGAGGGAAAGCAAAAGCCAGCUUGUAGAGCUACCUUUAUUGACUGAUAUGACCCACGAACCUUUCAUUUUUCCUGUUACAGAUCCAGACAGAGCCUGGAUAUCCUUCAAGUUACUCCAAGCUAGCUCUACCUUGACAAAGGGACGUAACCUUUUGGGGGGUGGUACGGCUCUGAUAGGAAGCUCCAGCGAUUAUUUCGGGAAAAACCGUGAAAGCCUCAUCAGAGAACGCACCGUACCUAUCCUCGAGAAAGACACACUUGACGUUCUCGGAAAGGUCACUUUCACUUUCGUUAUCUCUAAGCUAAUAUCCCACCGUGCCGGUCCUUUAGGCAGACCCCUCGUCACUGAAGAAGGGGUGCAGCUGGUUGGUCAUAGAGAGUACCCUAGGCUUCAUGAAGCAAUAGAUGCCGGUGUAGCACCGGUGGCUAUUGAAAUCAAUACCUUCAUCGACAAAGCGCUUGAGAAACUCUUUUCUUAUGGCAACAAGAAACGGACUAUUAUCCUAUCCUCAUUUACCCCUGAGAUCUGCAUAUUAUUGGCCAUUAAACAACAGACGUACCCUGUGAUGUUCAUCACUAAUGCCGGCAAGCCUCCAGUUGCGGAUCGAGAAUUGAGGGCCGCUAGCAUACAAUCCGCUGUUCGAUUCGCCAGAAGGUGGAAAUUAUCUGGACUUGUAUUUGCGUCUGAGGCGCUAGUAAUGUGCCCCAGACUUGUCAGAUAUGUCCAAGAAUCAGGAUUGAUCUGUGGGUCCUAUGGAUCUCAGAACAAUAUACCAGAAAAUGCGAAGUACUAUGCCCAUUUAUACAUUAGUUGCAGAACCCCGCGCUACCCCUCCAUUGCCAACAUGUCCUCCAAGUCGCAAUUGACCUACAGCGCACGCGCUAGCAAGCAUCCCAAUGCCCUCGUAAAGAAGCUCUUCGAGGUUGCCGAGGCCAAGAAAACUAAUGUCACCGUUUCCGCUGACGUGACAACCACCAAAGAGUUGCUGGAUUUGGCUGACCGACUCGGCCCAUACAUUGCCGUGAUUAAGACUCACAUCGACAUCCUUUCCGAUUUCAGCGAAGAAACCAUCACCGGUCUGAAGGCCCUUGCAGAGAAGCACAAUUUCCUCAUCUUCGAAGAUCGCAAGUUCAUCGAUAUCGGAAACACAGUCCAGAAGCAGUACCAUGGUGGCACUCUACGCAUCUCUGAGUGGGCCCACAUUAUCAACUGCAGUAUUUUGCCUGGUGAAGGUAUCGUCGAGGCUCUGGCCCAGACUGCUUCGGCCGAGGACUUCCCCUACGGCUCUGAGAGGGGUCUUUUGAUCCUUGCGGAGAUGACAUCUAAGGGAUCUUUGGCUACCGGUCAAUAUACCACUUCUUCUGUUGACUAUGCUCGGAAGUAUAAGGAGUUCGUGAUGGGAUUUGUCUCGACGCGUCACCUGGGGGAGGUUCAGUCCGAAGUUAGCUCGCCCUCGGAGGAUGAGGACUUCGUCGUCUUCACGACGGGUGUCAACCUCUCGUCGAAGGGAGACAAGUUGGGACAGCAGUAUCAAACUCCUGAGUCAGCUGUUGGACGCGGUGCCGACUUUAUCAUUGCUGGCCGCGGAAUCUAUGCUGCUCCCGAUCCCGUAGAGGCGGCUCGGCGGUACCAGAAGGAGGGAUGGGAUGCAUACAUGAAGCGUGUUGGCGCGCAAUAA